AUGACGGUGACGAUAGAAAUGACCAUCAUGAUGGUGAUCAUAGAGGUGACGACGACAACGUUGAUAGUUCAUUUGUUAUAUGACGAUGAUUUACGUGACACUAUUGUUGAAUAUUAUAUAUAUUACUAUGAUAAAGAAGAUGAUACAUAUUACGAUGGUGAUGAAGACGAUAGAGCUUACGACGGUGAUGAAGAUGAUAGAGAUGACGAUGGUGAUGACGAUGAUAUAGAUGACGAUGAUUGUGAAGAUGAUAGAGAUGAUUAUGGUGCUGAAGAUGAGAGGGAUGAGAAAUAUGACGACGUUGACAUAGAUGACGAUGAUUAUUAUGAUGAUAGAGAUGAGAAUGAUGAUACAGAUAAUAGACAUGACGAUAGUGAUGAAGAUGAUAGAAGUAACGAUGAUGAUGAAGUUAAUAGAACGACUCCAUUCUAA